AUGCGUAUUGCAUUUUUAUUCAUCGCCUAUUGUUGUUCAUAUGUCUAUGGAGGAUGUAAUUUUCGUGCCGAUAAACAUACUCAACGUUUUCAAGAUCAAAUGAAAACAUGGAAAAUUUUUGAAAAACAAUUAACGGUAUCCAGUGGUGCAUUAACAUAUUCAGUUGGAAUCUGUAAAUCACCUAUUAAUGCAACAGAUAGUUCAGCUAUAAUUCAACAAGGAACUAAUAUUUCGAAUAUUCUUGGAAGAAUGGAUCGAGUCAAUCUUGUUGGAACAGAUAAUUGGAUACUUUUAACAUAUGAAAAUGGUGAUCCAUAUAUUAAUAUUUGUGAUAAUUCAAGUCGUACAGCUUCAAUUAUGUUCUCUUGUGGACCGAAUAUGAAUAAUAUUUCAAUUCUUCAAGAACAUACAGAUAGUGAUACUCAUUGUAACUGCAUGUUUCAAUUACAAGUACCAGAAAUGUGUCCAAUUGUUAAAAAAGUUGAAGAUAAAUUAAGUGGUGGUGCGAUCUUUCUUAUCAUCUUUUUUAGCGUAGCCACUGCUUAUUUAGUUAUUGGAGGUACAUAUUUACAUGUCAAACGUGGUGCUCGUGGUCUUGAUCGUAUUCCAAAUUUGGAAAUGUGGCGUAAAUUAGGUCAAUUAUCUGCUGAUGGAUGUGAUUUUUGUUGUCGUUGUGAACGAGCUACACCACGUGCUGGCUAUUUACUUGAAGAAUCGGGACUUGAUUAUCGUGGUGAUGACGAUAUUCUUUCUCCAUAA